AAUGUUGGGCUUAGGUUGAACGCUAAAUUUUUGAUUUUUAGUCGACGUGUGACAUUGUCAACCCAGACAAUGAUGAUGUCAUCAACAAACUAAAUUAAAACUAAACCCUUUGGUCGGUCCAAAGACUAUUAACCUGUCGUAACUUUUUUUUUUUUCUUUUCUCAUAACCGCUUGCUUUUAACCGGGUUUGGGUUCUCCGGCGACGGCGAAAACCUGCAUCUCAUUAGAAAACGGAGAACUUGAUAGCUGGGAAAGAAGACAAGUGACGAGGGUGAUUGAAACAGAUGGGAAGCAGCAACAGAAUCGGGGAACAGAAAAAGCAAAUGGCUGAACUGAGCAAAAACCUUAAAGAAGGUGAGAGGAUUCUGGAGCCUACACGUAGACCUGAUGGUACUCUCCGCAAACCCAUCCGGAUUCGAGCUGGAUAUGUUCCUCAAGAUGAAGUUGUCGUUUAUCAGUCCAAAGGUUCUUUGAUGAAGAAGGAGCUGGCCUCACUAGGACCUCCAGGUUAUGAACCGGAUCCAACUCCUAAACCAAAGACCAAAGCUGCUAAGAAGAACGAACGUAAAAAAGAGAAGAGAUUACAGGCUGCUUUGCAAAAAGGUACCAGCUCUGAGGAUGGAUCAGCUAGUAGUAAUGUAGACAAAGAAGAAGCUGUUCCUGUUGUGACUCCAAGCAAUGGUUCCCAAUCUGUUAAUGUAUUGGUUUCUGGUUUGGAGGCUUUAGACGUUUCUUCAAAUAAGGAUGUAGCGUCUCUUACUUCGGAACUUGGAGAAGCACCCAAUCCAGGAACUGCAAGAGAAGACACUGAGAAAAGAAUACGUACACUUAAGAAGAAAAUCCGACUCACAGAAGCUCAACAGCAGAAGACUGCUCCCAAAGACCUAAAGCCGGAGCAAUUGGAGAAGUUCUCUAAGUUGGAGGAAUGGAGGCAAGAACUCAAGGCUUUGGAGGAUAAGGAGGCUUAGCUUUCUGCAUCAUCGACAUGAAUUGUCUAGCUUUCAGACAGGUUGUAGCUUUUCUCAUGAAUGAACAAAAGGUUGUUCUUAGAGCUUUUAUCAGAAAUCUGGUUAAAACCAACUUGGCGCAUUGCCUAAAUUCUGAAAAUUGAUGCCACUUUGUGUGAUUGUGUUUGGUU